UUAUAAGAUUAGGCAAAGGCCCAAAGACUGGUAAUAAAAGACUCCACGCUUCCGCUCCCUCCCUUUCCUCUAUCAAACGGGGAAGGAAACAAUCCGUAGCUUGAAAAGCUAGAACAGAGAUGAGUACAAUUACAGCCUGUUUAUCCCUCUAUUCGGCAACGCCCGGUCUACGUUCGAUCAAAUGCUCCAAUGGGAAAUCAUCCCCCGAAGCCAAAACCUCGAUGAUUACGUUCAAACCGGCGUCGUUUCAAUCCACUGCGACCGCCGUCAACGUUGCUAUAAGGGCGAGGAAAAGGGGUUUUCCCUGUCAAGCUGUCUCAACCGCUUCUAUCGACGAGGACGAGAAAGACGCGUCGGUUUCGGUAUCGGAGGAGGCGCCGGAGGAGGAGGCUAAAGUUGGGGCCAAGGUUAGGGUAAAGGUGCCUCUCAAAGUUUAUCAUGUGAAUCGGGUCCCGGAGUUGGAUCUGAACGGCAUGGAAGGAGUGAUUAAACAAUUUGUGGUGGUCUGGAAAGGGAAAAGGAUUUCAGCUAAUCUUCCUUACAAGGUGGAAUUCGUCUCUGAGAUUGAAGGACGAGGACCUGUUAAGUUCGUUGCCCAUCUUAAGGAGGAUGAGUUGGAAUUCCUUGAUUAGAAUCCUGAUUCUUAUCUGUAUAUGUCAGGCAUAAUACUUUCUAUCCUAUAACCAUAAAACACCCUAUAAUUGCCCACUGUUGUAUGUAAUAUUUACAUUUACCUUUCAGUUCUACCUGGUAAUGAGCAUUUCUUUGCUUUUUGCUUUUUUAUUUUUUAUUAAUUGGUAGCAUUGAAGUUUCCGUAUCCAUGGGUUACCUGCU